CCUCUCGUCUUUUACCCACUCUCUCUCUCGCUCUCUCUCUCUCUCUGCACACAAAAACGUGAAAUAGAGCCAAAGCAACUACUCUCUCUGCAAAAACGAAACGCUCAACCCGACUACCCGACCCGAGAAAAAACAAGCCUGAACCCGCACUGACAGCUCGGAAAGCACGUCAAGCAUGUGAGGUAAAGCAUGACGAACAGGAAAAGGCUCAGAACCUCUAGAAGAACCACCGCCGCCGCUGCACAAUCGGAUUUCUUCGACGACUUGCCUGACGAUCUCGUCGUCUUCAUCCUCUGCAAGCUCAGCUCCUCCGCUUCCUCUCCCUCCGAUCUCAUCAACGUCCUCAUCACAUGCAAGAGAUUAAACCGGUUCGGGCUUCACUCUCUGGUACUAUCGAAAGCCGGUCCAGGAGCUUUUGCUAUCAAGGCCAAGAACUGGUCCGACUCGGCUCACCGCUUUCUCAAGCUCUGCGUUAGCGCCGGUAACAUCGAAGCUUGCUACACUCUCGGAAUGAUCCGAUUUUAUUGCUUACAAAACCGAGGCAGUGGCGCUUCGCUAAUGGCCAAGGCCGCCAUGCGGUGCCACACGCGUGCGCUCUACUCCCUCGCCGUGAUUCAGUUCAACGGCAGCGGCGGCUCCAAGAAAGAGAAGGACCUACGCGCCGGCGUGGCUCUCUGCGCACGCGCCGCCGGGCUCGGCCACAUCGACGCGCUCCGCGAGCUCGGGCAUUGCCUCCAGGACGGUUACGGUGUCCGCCAGAACGUCUCGGAGGGACGACGCCUCAUAGUCCAGGCCAACGCGCAGGAGCUCGCGACGGUUAUAACCUCCGCCACGUGGCGGUCCCACCAGUACCAGCACUUCUACGCGUGCCUGACGGGGUUGGUUAGUUGCCCGCUGCUGAGCGACUUUGGGUGCAACGUUCCCGGGCCGGAGGUCCACCCGGCGAACCGGUUCAUGAAGGAGUGGUUCGGGUCGGGUCGGUGGUUGGAGGGCGUUGGGCUGAGGAUGUGCUCGCACGUGGGGUGCGGGAGGCCCGAGACGAGGCCGCACGAGUUUCGGAGGUGCUCGGUUUGUGGUACGGUCAAUUACUGCUCGCGUGGGUGUCAAGCGCUGGAUUGGAAGCUGAGGCACAAGGUUCAGUGUAAGCCGAUCGAACGGUGGCUAGGGGUUGAUGGCGGUGGCGGUGGCGGUGGUGAUGGAGUUGAAGGCGGAGAGGGUGAGAAUGUGGUGGUGGAAUAAUAUGGGGAUAUUAAAAAGAAAAGAAAUUUAUUUUAUUAAUUUGGGUGAAAUUAUUAUCAUUUAUUAGUUUUUUUUUUUUCCUGGAAUACUUUUUAGUUCAUGACCACAGUACAGAUGGGGAUUUUGGCUAUUUAAGAUAUGAGUGAAUAUUUAAUAUUGGACUUUA